UAUAAACCCAACACUUUAGUUUCCGCUCCAAUUUUUCACAAGUUUAAAGCAAAGCUCUUAAGACCUCUCAAAAUACCUAUUCCUCUCUCAUUUUGUUCACAAAUGUGUUAAAAUCUGUGUUGAUGAGCCAUUCUUCUUUGCCUGAGAUAAUCCAUCCACCUGGCAGGUGAUGCAUAUCAAGAUGCGGUUUAAACAGCAUGAUCAUGUCACCAUCGUGCCUUCGGCUGGCCACUCUAAAAUGUGAAGUUUUAUCUUAAAAAGAGACAUUUAUUAGCCCCUGCACUGUGGAUAGGUAAUUAUUAAGUUGCAAACUCUAAGAUCUUAACAAAUCAACUAAAUAAGUUAAAAAGGGAAAUUUACACUUUUAAGCUUGUAUGUAAAUUUAUACAUUUACAUUUAAAUGUUUAUUUUAACCCUAGAAUACAUGUUUUCACAAACAAUAAAUGGCAAGUUAAAUUGCUCAUAAAAUACAAAUUAUAGAAAUGUUUUGAUAAUGUCUCUCUUCUAAAUGAUGCUGCCUUCAUAGAUGACUAAUGACCUUAAAUUACAGCUAAAAAAAAUCCAUUUAGAUCAGGAGACCAGUACUUUAAAGCACCUACUUCAUCAUCUCCAUUAACAAUCAACACACUGAAUAGAAAGAUGUUCAUCUUUUGCAACUAAUUACCCAUUAAGGUGUUUGAAUCUCCACAUAUAUGUUCUAGUAUCCAGAUUUAUUUUAAAUCAAGCCUAUUUAUUGCAACGAAGCCAGACUUGUAAGUCAUUGAUUCAGCUGCUUAUUUUAUAUCGGAGACGAACCGUGCGACGCGUUGAAAGGUGAUGCGGAGCUGGGAUCGCUCUCUCAUUUUGAACAGGCUGUCUUUUUGAGGCUAAUAAAAACUACUGCACACAAAAGAUGGAUUUUAAACCGGGUGCUGAGGCUGAGUGACAGCAGGUCCAGCAUUAUGUAAAUUAGCGGGGUAGUGCAGCGGCAGCGUCGGGCAGAUUAGGACUGUGCUCAGGAUCAGUGAACCACCGCUCUCUCCUCCUGCCGGAGCAACUAGUGCCUCUGUUUGUCACAAUCAAAAAAAAAAAACACGCUGCGGACACUUUCUCUGCUUCUGGCUCACACGAGCUCUGAGCACGUGUGUUCAUCUUAUGAAUGAAUAUACCUGAUGCAGAGGGUUUUAUUUUAUGCGUUUAGCGUACACGGCAGAAUACAAAUAUAAGCGAUCUGCUUUGCAGCCGUACUGAGCGCGCCCAACCCCCUCCUCCACGAAGAUAGUUAAACCAGCGCUGUUUCCAGAGGUUUUUCAGGUUUGGUGGGGGGGGGGAAGGGAUAAGGCCCAUAACCUCUCAAUAUCGGUAAAUACACAAUUUAAAGAGUGUUUCCCUCCUUUCCGCAGAAAACAGGGUCUCUGUUGUCUUGCUUUUCUCAUUUUAUGGAGAGACUGUGCUCUGUGCUGUGCUGGGUUUGGGGUUUAGAGAGACCGAGCUGUAAGUAGGUCGGGCUAGGCUUAAGCGGCUUAGCUACGUCAGCCUAAGCUGGGAGGAAUUCAUCCAAAGUCCUCCGCGGUAGGCGGGGGCCUAAACGAGGCUGGCCUAGUUAAGCCUGAUUCUUAUUGUGUGCAGCACAGCCUGUUUUUUUGUUGUGCAACGUAGCCGAGAGGGACCUAAGGAGGAGUGUAUGAAUCCAUGCACAUGUUAGGCAUAGCUUAUGUUUGGGUCAGAGAAGAAGGAAGGUAAACUGAGAAAUAUGUGGGAGUUAAACAAGUGUUAGCUUUGUAACCGUGGACCCAAAAAAAGAAAGAAAGAAAAAGCCAGAAAUAGGGCGAAGAAAAGACAGGUGGGAAGAGUAAGAAGCCAUCGUAUCAAGUGUUGGGGCUGAGGGGUAGCACCCACAGGCCUUACUUGGCCAGUGUGAGUCCGCUAUGCCAUAAGAUGGCAUCCAGCUCCGUCUUUCUGUCCAGUAUGGUGGGCAAAGCUCGCUCCUCCAACUUCACCCUCUCCGAGAAGCUGGACCUGUUGAAGCUAGUCCGCCCUCACAUCCGCAUCCUGGAGGAGCACACCAACAAGCACGCGGUCAUCGUGGACAAGAACAAAUGCUGGGACACUGUGGCCGAGCAGUACAACGCCCUUGGAGGGGACAGACCCCAUCGCACUGCAGGCCUCAGGACCCUCUACAAGAGGCUGAAGGAGUCAGCGAAGCAGGAAGUGAUGCAGCGGAGACACGCCCAGCCAGAGUACAGAGCCAGCAUCUCUGAGCCAACCAGGAGAAUUAUGGAGAUGAUCCCUCACCUGUUUCACCAUGUGCCGAUCCACGAGAAGGACCAGGCUUUGCGCAGAUUAAUAUACAACAAGCACAGCUCUCCAGUUGAACACCCUGGCAGCAGCUCCUCUCUGGCUGGACUCCAGGAUUACUCAGCAGCUGUCCCAAGUAUCCCUCAUGAGGUGGUCCAGCUGGACCCUGAAGAGGAUGUGAAACCACCGCCAGACCUCCCCCUCCUCUCUGCACACACAGGGCCAGCGCUGGACGGAGGCCAGGAGCAGGAUGGAGAGCAGGACUUGGGCAGUGUGCACGACUAUGAAUCAUCAUUGUCUCCCACCCCUUCCUCUGUUAACCUCCCCCUCUCUACCUCGCCGCUGCCCCUACACCAUGACCUUUACCCAAAUGACAUCUACCCCCAUCAUGAGCCCGACAGGUUUCGCCCUCUGCACCUGGCCAAAGAGGAGCACGAGAUGGUGCUAGCCAAUCACCGGAAGGUUGCCAUUUAUCUGGAAGAGAAGAGGGAGGGGCUGAAGAGGAAACAAGAACUGGAAGAGGAACUUCUGAAAGCCAAGAUCAAAGUAGAGAAACUAAAGGCUGCUCGUCUAAGACACGGACUGCCAAUUCCUCUAUAACAAGAAAGAACACACACAUCCUCGGCCACUGUUUGCAAUGAAGAGGCUCUGAGGAGUUGGAGAAGUGUGGAGCAAGAGCUGAGGAGAGGUUUCAUGUUCAUGAGCCGUUUCAGAACUUUAAAUUCCUUUGGAAACAUAGUGCCUCGUACAGACACUUCUUACGUGCCACUUUGCAUUUUGCAGAAUAAGGCUGAAUCAUGUUGCCAUCAGUGCGUGUUAAUACUUGUCUGUAAAACUGUCUUUCACUCUUUACGUAUGGACAUGUAGAAAUAAUGUGUGAGGCCCAAAUAGGUCAAAUAUAUGUGACAAGUCAGGUUUCUGGAAGGGAAUAUAAAGAGAAAUUAAUGUUUUAUACCAUGAUGGUACUAUUCCUGCCCCCAAUAGGUAGUGAGGGGAAUUUUAGCAUAGUGUUAAAAAUUGGUAUUUUUCAGGUUUGAAUUUGUUUCUAACAGCAUUUACUGUGAUGAUGUUCUAAGGUGAGACAAGAAUGAGAGUCUGCUAGGCUUAUAUUGUAGAUUGUGCUCAUUUGUUUAUGUGUAAAGAAAAUUUCCAUUUGAUAGGAAGUAAAAAAAAACACAGAUGUGAUAAAAUAAAGAGAUAUUCCCUUGCAGCACUUCUAAGUAGCCACAUUAAUCGUAAUACAAUUAGGGAUUAGGCUACAUAAAAGAAGCACCUCUCAAAAUGGAAAAAGUAAUACUUAUUAUUAGUGAAAGAUGUUCAGAUCUUGAGCCAGGAGUGAAGCACGUGUCAAAUUGUUUGAAUGCCUUAAAUAUGUGAUGCUGAUGAAGACAACUCCUUUUUUGUGAGUUACUGAAUUCACACAGAAGAGAAUCCAACAUUUACAAGUUCGAGAUUCUUCUGCUGAAUUGGUUGCAAGUGAUGAAAGAAGGGAGAUGUGGAGUUGGUUUUGUGACAUUAAUGUUAUUUAAUGUAUGUGACAACAACAUUGAUUGUAAUGUCAUGUUGGUAUACCAGUGUUUGUCCAAAAUGUUCUUCUUUUUCCAUAAAAAAAAAAGUGUCAGGUU